AUGGACCGAUCCAAGGCCAUACGGGCCGAAACCAAGAAGGAAGGGAAGCUUGGAAAGGCUGUCACUAUUGCUAAGGAAGUGAAUACAGUUGGCCCGAAUGAAACGACGGCUGUUCCGUACGCUGCGAGAAUCGUGUGUACCGCCAACGAAGUGGUAGAGAUUGGCGCCUCGUUUGACAGUGUAGAGGACCAAAGUGUGAUUCCGCCAAAGACACUCAAGAGGCUCCAAGACGUUACAUGGAGUGGGGUGGAAAAGAAAGUCAUGUUGGCGACCAUGCAUGAGCUGGUGGAUGACCUGGUCGAUGAAGAAGAGGCUCUGGUGCCCAUGGAGCUAGCCGAAUGUCUCCCUGACAUGACACCUGUGGACCGCGCUGUGGAACAAGCCAAAGUUCAGACUACUUUAGAUGCCAAGGCGGCUGGAGCCAUGGCAGCAAGCUGUGGGCACUGA